AUGCUUCAAAGAUACAUUAUUAGAACUUUUCGAUCAACGUCAGAUAUAACGCAAAACCAAGGAAUAUUAUCAAUUUCAUCUGAUAAAAUAAAUGUAUUUCCUGUUAAACAUUAUUAUAAUGAUGAUUUAACUAAGAAACUUGUGGUAUUUAAUUUAAAUGAUGUGAAAAAAAUAUAUAUUCCAAUCUGGAUGUGUUCAUUAGCAAUCGAAACCAAAUAUGAGUGGCAUCGUUAUAACAGUAAUUUUAUUGAUGGUACAGAAAUAUUUUCUUCCAUAACUGCCACAGGACCGAUUUGUAUUCACGGAACUGAUAAUUAUGAGUUUAAUGGCGGAAUGAGUAAUCAAAAUAGUAACAACAUUUUUAAUGAUUUAAUUCCUAUUCAAAAUAAUAUCUUUGAUAUUGAUCCCAAAGAUAAUAUUCCUUCUAUUAUCCUUCCGUUUAAAACAAAUCCUAUUAAUCUUAUUUUAAGAAUUCCUCAAGCUUCUACAGGAAAAUUUAAAGGAAUUCGUAACAAUGAAGUUAUUGGGAAUAUUUUACAAUUUGAAAUUAAAUUAUUCAAUAUUUAUCCUAUUUAUAGACCAAUUUACCUUAUUGAUUAUAUUUCUAAAGGAGGUACUUUUCUUUCUAAAAAUCCUUCUACAUUGCACUUUGAUGCUUAUUCAGGAAAAGGUUUAUCUCACGUUCAUAAAUCAGGAGCUUGCCUAAGUUAUUUUGAUCAUCCAAAUAUACCAAUUAUUCCUUUUGGUAAAGUUAUUUCACUUGCUCAAGAAUACAUAGAUAACAAUUUUGAUAAUACGGAAUUAUAUUCAACUCCUAUUGAUUGGAAUUCUCAAUUGAUUCAAUCAUUUAUUGACAAGGGAAUAGUGAAUCAGAAUUGGUUACGAUUAUUAUAUAGAACUGAGAGAGCCAGAAUGGUAGCACAUAUUCAAUGGUGCGGAUUUAUCUUAAGAAUUUUGGCCAAUAAGAAAAAUAAUACAAAAGAUCUUCGUUAUUAUAAGGUUUUAGGAUUGGGUCAUAUCACUUAUAUACCUAAUGAUGAAAGGAUUAAAUUAGCUUUUUCUACUAUUUUGAAAAAAAUUGAAACUAUAUUUGGAGCUCAUAUGCAUUUGAAUCCUGAACAAAAAAGUCAAAAGGAUUUAAUUCUUAGAAAAGUUAUUGAGGCUAGACAUGCUCUUAAGACACGGUUUUGA